UCGCAACAAACCUUAACUUCUUGUGUCUUCUUUUUCUAGUCUUUCCAUCACGGUUUUCUUCAAAGAUUUCAUAACGAAAAACGAUGAUCAGAAACCCUAAUUUUCAGGUCAGGAAGAGGAAGUGGAAGACGGUUUUGUUUCUGCUCAGAAAGAGGAAAAGAAAGAUUGAAGAACCUUACAAUGAUGAUGUUGUUGUUGAGGGAAAUGAAGGAGGAGGCUCACGGUGGCAUCUUGAUGAUGAUCAUGGUUCUGAGGUUGAUGAGAGAGAUGAAAACCCUGUGGGUGAAGUUGCUGAAAAAGAAAACCCUAGUUUAGAUCAUGUUGGAGGACCGGAGGAGGUGGAGGAGGAGGAGGAGGAGGAGGAGGAGGAGGAAGAGGAAAGCUCAAAGUCUAUGUUAUUGGUUGUUUCGGAGAGGAAGAGGGAUGGAGGAGAUACUCCUCCCGACGAUGAUUGCUGCCCGAUCUGCUUUGAGAAUUUCUCAAUUGCCUGUAAAACAAACUGUGGGCACUGGUUUUGUGCCAAUUGCAUAUUACAAUUCUGGACCUAUAGAUCAGUUCUUCAAAAAUGCAACUGCCCAAUUUGUGCACGCCCCAUUAGUAAGUUGACACCAGAGGCAUCUUUACUCAUUAUGCACGAAGUGGAAAUCGUUGAGGUCCUAAAAAAUGUGCAGAGAUAUAACCGUCUUUUCCAGGGUGGUGUUAGUGGUGUCAUACAGCAGAAAGUUUUCGAGGUUCCAAAUGCAUUUAAAAGAAUGUUAUGUGGUCUGAUGGAUCCAGAUAGAUUUAGAGGAAACUACUAUGCAAUGCGUUCCUUUGCUUUGUUAAUGAGUUGUAUAUAUAAUGUCAGUUCCUUCGACUUCAUUCCAACAGGGAGUUUAGGGGUGAGGCGGUUGUUUGAUCUUUGUGCUAUAGCACUAGUGGUAAUUCUAUGUUUGGUAGGCAUCUGCCAUAGAUUGGUGCUCAGACGACGUGUCAGGCGAUUGGCGGGCAACCAAUUCUGACUGAGAUUGCAAGCUGCAGGUCAGACACCGAUCAAUGAAGUUUAUGUUACACACGCUCUCUUUCUCGUUGAAAGUUUGUACACUAUAUUGUAUGAUGUAUACAGAGGCUACUUAAUCCAUUAGGAUAAAAGAACACAUGAUGACGACCCAUCCAUAAGAUUAGCUUUGCAUACAAAUUGGAUCUCUCUUCAGUAGUUGGUAGUUCAAUUGGUAUGACGGCUGCUGUACAUAUUGGCUUAGAGGUUUACUUCCCAUGAUAUAUACAUUUACGCUCGUUAUAUAAAUCAAUAUACCUUGUUUUCUUUAUUC